AUAUUCGACGCGAACCCAUACGACGGCCACCCCAACCUCUCAGCGACCGAAGCAGAGGUGCUGUGGCAGUAUGCGAAGCUGUCGCAAAACAUUAAAGAGCUCAUAGCGGAGACGCGAAGAUUAAGCGAGGCUCCUAAUGAGACUCUAUUGGAACGAUUGAGGGCGUUGGAGGUCAAGAUGGGCCUGGUUUUGACGUUGUUCAAAGCAUCGGUUUGGGCAGUUAUCAACGAGCAA